AGAGAGAGAGAGAGAGAGAGAGAGAGAGAGAGAGAGAGAGCGAGCGCAGAGCAGCAACAGGCAGUUGCAGCGUAAAACACAGUCCAGGAGGCUGGAAGUUCUGACCUGCAGCCGUUUCCACACCUUCAGGAGACUGGACGAGACGCCUGCAUUGCGCUUGACUGGGGGAUCCAAACUUUGAAGCUCUCAAAGGUGACUUUGGAGUGGAAGAAUAAAAAGAACUGAGAAAGAAGGUGAAAGGAAAGAAACAAAGGAGAGAUGGAUUCGUUACAAAUGGAGUCAGCCACGGUGGAUGAACUGGUGGACGCCUGCAUCCAAGCUUUUGAUGACACAGGGAAGUUAAAGGACUCCUCUGUAGUCAGGAUGUUUCUAAUGAUGCACCCCUGGUAUCUGCCCUCCACUGAUCUGGCCAAGAAACUACUGCUCAAAUCUCAGGAGGAGGCCUGCACUGCAGAGCUCAGGAGCAGAAUCUGUCAUCUAGUCAAGUACUGGAUCGCAGAGUUUCCUGUAGAAUUCAAUCUUAAUCCUGCUUUGGCUGAACAGAUUAGAGAUUUGAGGGAGCAACUCAACACGGAGGGCAACGAACGGGACAGUCAGCUCAUCGACGUAGAGAGUGUACCCUCUUAUAAGUGGAAGCGUCAGGUGACCCAGCGUAUUCCAUCUGUAUCGAAGAAAAGAAAAAUGUCUCUUCUCUUUGAACAUCUGGAUGCCUCAGAACUGGCCGAACAUCUUACAUACCUGGAGUAUAAGUCCUUCUGCAAGAUACUGUUCCAGGACUACCACAGCUUCGUCAGACAUGGCUGUACAGUGGAUAACCCCAUCCUGGAGCGUUUCAUCACACUCUUCAACAGCGUCUCCCAGUGGAUCCAGCUAAUGGUGCUCAGCAAGCCUACAGCCCAGCAGCGAGCCGCUGUCGUAACUCACUUCAUACGGGUUGCACAGAAACUGCUACAGCUGCAGAACUUUAACACACUAAUGGCGGUGGUUGGAGGCCUCAGCAACAGUUCCAUCUCCAGGCUAAAAGACACACAGACCCACAUCAGCAACGACACCAACAAGAUUUUCAACAGUCUAAUAGAACUGGUCACCUCGUGUGGAAACUACAGUCAGUACCGGCGCCGGUUUGCAGACUGUUCUGGGUUCAGGUUCCCCAUCUUGGGCGUCCACCUGAAGGACUUGAUUGCAGUUCACGUGGCCCUGCCAGACUGGACUAACCCGGAGAAGACAAGGGUUAACUUAGCCAAGACCCAGCAGCUUUAUGCCAUCCUGCAGGAGCUGGCACUCGUACAGACCACACCACCCAACACAGAAGCCAACACUGAUCUACUCAAUCUACUCACGGUUUCACUUGACCAGUAUCAUACCGAAGAUGAAAUAUACCAGCUCUCUCUACAGAGAGAACCACGGAGCACUAAACCAGCUGGACAGAACUCAAGCCCCACCCCUAGCCCAUCUGCAAAGCGGCCGUCGAUGAUCGACGAGUGGGCAGCAUCGGUGAAGCCUAAAGCAGAUCCUGCCAUCAUCACCAAACACAUUGAAAAGAUGGUUGAUUCUGUCUUCAAGAAUUUUGACACAGAUGGAGAUGGUCAUAUUUCUCGUGAGGAAUUUGAGAGUAUCAGGAAUAACUUCCCGUACCUCAGCAAGUUCGGAGAACUGGAUACAAACCAGGAUGGAAAGAUCAGCAGAGAGGAGAUGAUAGAUUACUUCAUGAAGGCCAGUUCUUUGCUCAACUGUAAGAUGGGCUUCAUACAUACGUUCAGCGAGACCACUUACGUGAAGCCCACUUUCUGUGAACACUGCGCUGGCUUUAUAUGGGGCUUUUAUAAGCAAGGAUACAAGUGCAAAGUUUGUGGUGUAAACUGUCACAAGGCAUGUCGCUCUCGCCUGGCAAUGGAGUGUCGAAAGAGGACGAAAAGCAUCAGUCACGAAACUCCGCCUGCUCUACAAGCUCGCUCUUACAGCUUCCCACCCCCGUCAAAUGCACCUGCCAAUCUCCAGCACACAGUGAUUGCAGAGGAGGACAUGGAGGCGGUGGGGGAGGGAGUGUUUGAUGUUCACCUAUAGUCCAGAGACAUGAGUGCAAAUGCAGCAUCCUGGCACCACUUAAACAAGCAAGAACAAAGCAUGGAGGAUUCACUCACUAACCCCAGUGCACUGACAACAUGUUUAUCAUAUGUUUAGCUGAGUGGGGGUUCUGUGGGUUCCAGGUUGGUCGGAGAUUUACAGUUAAAUAAGGCCAGCCUUUCCGACCGCAAACCUUGACCUUAUCAUUCCAAGAAAUGUGCAAAUUCUGAGAAAUAAAGAGAUGAGAUGUAUAUGGGAUUAUAAGGGGCAUUGUAAGAGACUUUGUCCUGCAAUUCAUCUGCACAGAGGAAAAUCUGAGAGUCCAUCAGCUCCAACAAGCGAAAAGACACUCUUCAACAUAAGACAUUAGCAUGCUGCCCUCUUCUGGAAGAAAACUGCAAGCGCACUACAGACCGUGAGUCCGCAACCAACCCCCCCUUCAGUCCUUUUCCACUUUUACCUUUGAAUGUGAUCUCUCAAUAUUUUUGUAAACACGUUAUCUAGUUAUGACGUUAUCUUGCAUUGCUGUGCAAAGUGAAGUCUCCGUUUCAUAUAUUUUCUAUUUACAGAGAAAAAUGAAAAAAUGCUGUAUAAUCUUUCGGGAGACAGAAGGCCAUGCCUAUUUAAAGAACCUUAAGAAACAGAAGGCUGUCUCUGAUUUGUGUAAAUAUUGUUGAAAGAUAUCAGUAAAUAUGUGUACAAUUAAAUAUGUCCUUUAAUUGUAUGUCCUUACAGAACUCCCAAGGUGCUGAAAUAUCCAGAGCUUGAUGUUUAGACUGAUCAGGUUGUGUUUAGUCAUUGUGAGAUUGAGUCGUUUACUGUUGAAUGAAUUUGUAAUUUUAUAAAUAUAUACAUGUAUAUUGGGAUAUUAGGGAUGCACUGAAAUAAACAUUUAUAGGUAAAUGUUUGAGUAAAAUGAACAUUGUUGUUUUAUUCUAUAAACUAUGGACAACAUUUCUCCCAAAUUCCAAAUAAAAAUAUGUCAUUAAGAGCAUUUAUUUGCAGAAAAUGAGAAAUGGAUAAAAUAACAAAAAAAGAUGCAGAGCUUUCAAAAUCAAUAUUCGGUGGAAUAACCCUGGUUUUUAAUAACAGUGUUCAUGUAUCCUGAUGGCUUGUGAUCAUCCAUCUUCCUCUUGAUUAUAUUCCAGAAGUUUUUAAUUUGGUAAAAUCAAAGGAAAUCAAAAUCACUAAAUGUGGAAAUGGCGAAGAAAAUCAAUAAAACCUGCAAAAACUGUGUUUGAAAUGCACUAGUCAGUAUUCAGCCAAAUGUUUCAAUUUGUUUCAUUUCAGUUUCAGACAAAAACAUUUCAAUGCAUCCCCAUAUAUGUAUAUGUAUAUAUUUAGUGCUGGAUGCAAACCAAUGCUAAAAUCAGCUUGUGUAAAAUACUGGACGCACAAGGUUGUGAAUAUUUUAAAUGAGUAUUUUAGUUUAGUAUUUUAGUGCUUUUGGAAUGACCACUGUUCCUUAUGUGAAAGUCAGAAGAAUAUUUGUAAGGUUUAUGUUUAUAGAUGUAUAAAUAUUUUUUAUUAGAUGUCAGAAGACUGUUGAUAGUUAUCUCCGAACUCUUCCAGUAACUGAACUAUGAAUGUAGACAGUCCAGUUAAUAUUGUCCUGAAAAAUAUGUGCUGUAAAUAUGAAGUACAUUGUUUUUUUUCAUGCUUGUAUUGUAUCUGUCAUAUAUUUUGAGUGCACUGAUAUUUGCCAAAUAUGCUACAAUGCUAUUAUGUUAAAUGUUAAAUUUUUUCAUUUAGCAUGCACAAAACAUUUACACUUUUAUACCACUGUGUACAUAAUUAUAGUGAAUUAGAUUUUAAUUUCCCAUAGAAAUACUUUGAAUGCGAUGUUUUAAUGAUGUACCUGUUGCUGUGUGUUGACCUGUUAAUGAGAAAAUGAUUCUAAUAUUGUACUGAUUUAUUCUCAAUAGCUGAGACUUCCAAUGUAUAAAUGAAGCAUCAACUCAGUCACAUAA